AUGACGAGGAUCUGUCAAGCCACAUGGCUUCUCCAGAUUCGCCUGAUUCAAGCAGCUUUUCCAGCGCACGUCCUGCAAACAAUAAGCAACAAGCGCCCGCGAUUCCCCUACUCAGGUCGUACAGCACAAACGCGUUGCACUGCACACCACACACUCCGCCCUUCUACGUGCGAUGUCGCGUUUCCACUCUCCUGCGCCAACCCUGCGCAUCAACAAACUCUUCCAACCACAGAGACGCCAGAAAGCCUCUCAUCGCAUCGACAACUGGCACUGCCUUUGUUACGAUAUGGACGCAUCCGCAGCGCCUCCUUACAACUAAGUGGCGAAGCACUGGCCCGAUCCACGCACGCCGGCAGCAAAUGCAAUGACGUCGCCACGAUGGAAAACUGCCAAGCCACAUGGCCUCUGCUGAUUCUCCAGAUUCAAGCAGGCUUUCUAACGCACGCCCUGCAACCAGCAUGCAAUGAGCCCUCACGAUUUCCCUACGCAAAUCGUCAACAAGAAACUCCCGUCUCUCCACGAAAGGCACUGCAGUCUCGUCUCGACAGUGUCCAUGCACUCAUGCUGCCUUGUCAAGGCAGAAGACAAAAUGACCAACCUGACCCAACCAAAUAA